AGAAAGCAGCAGCAAACAUAAAAAAAAACAAUCGUGACAAAAAUAAAAUUUAGAAGCGAGUACAUACAUAUGUAUGUGUGGAAACGGAAAAAAAGCCGCUGCGCAAUAGAAACCACGAGGCUGGAACUUCUGGAAAUAUUUUAAAACUAUUCACAAGGCAGUUGUAUAAUCAAGAAAUAACUAUCGACAUAUCAAAGACCUUUAAAAACUUGUGCGGUAUUCCAAUCUUUUCCCGAGUAAGUGAAUAUCAGAGUUUUCCAACAAACUUUGCUUUUCAAAACUUAAAACUACCAACCGUAUUAUUUUGCUGUGUUUAUUAAAAACAAAAAAAAAAAACAAUAAAAGUAAAAAAUAUAAAAAAAAUUGUUUCUCGAAAAUAAAAUCAAGAGAAAGUGCACGAAGAAAUCGGUGUUAAAAAUAAUAAAUUUUUAUCGAACCAACUUUUGUAGAGUUUGUCAUAGAAAAUUAUCAUUCAGUUCGAAUUAACCGGUUGAAAUUUGUGUAAAAAAAAUGUCGGAAGCCACCGCCACUCAAAAGUCAGUGCGUAAUAAACUUUGUCCGCCGCCCCCAAGACGUAAUAGUAACAGCGGUGGCGGCGGAGGCUCAGAAUAUCUUGAUAUAACCAAAGAGGAAUUUUCGCGUAUCGAAGAUGCUUUAAAAAAAGAAGAAUUUCGUAAAUUAUUUUUCGAAUAUUGUGAAGAGAUACAAGAUCCUGAAAAUCGUAAGCUCUACGAACAAGAAAUCAAACAGUUUGAAGCGGAACGCGGUGUGGAUGUGCGUUUUAUAAAUCCCGAACCCGGCUUCGUGAUAAAGACCUCGGCCGAUGGUGUGACAAAGUGUUUCAUAAAUGUGGCAAAGAGUGCUGAAGUGGCGCGUCCAACGAACGAGGUGUGCCUGCAUCCAGAAACUGGAAACCGAGGUCUUAGCUGGGCCAUUCCGCUGGCUCAGGCACCUCCGCGUGAGGAUUUGGACGCACAUGGUAAACGUUGUCGCGUAUAUGAUGUGAUUUUCCAUCCAGAUGCAUUAUAUUUGUCGCAGCGAGAUACUGCUUUCCGUAAGUGCCUCAUUGAUACAGCGCUGGACGCUGUCGAAAGGGAAUUCAAGAUAAAAUUAGAUCGCACGAAUUUAAAAUUUCCGAAGCUACUAUUCAAGGGUAUGGCGCGCCCAAUUGUGAUACGAAAACUGUCGAAAAAUGCUCCGCCAGAAGCUACUGAACCACAUCCUCUUGAUAGUAUUUCACCAGAAAGGCCUUCAGCUUUUGAGGACAAACCCAAAUUAAUACCGAUGAAUACAAAAAAAUCAUUUCCAGAAUUCAAUACACCAAAAUACGUAAUUAAGCACCGUCGUGACGUCGAUCUCUCUGAAUACACCUACGAACUGGACGCUAAGUUGAGUGUCACAAUACCACGUGAGCUUGUCGUUGAAAUUGAGCUGCCUUUACUGAAGUCGACAAGCGAUUGUAAAUUAGACGUGACUGCUAAGUCGUUGUACUUGUUGAGCGAUCGUCCUGGUGCCAAGUAUCGCCUCAAUUUGGAUCUCCCUCAUGCCGUAGAUGAUAAAUGCGGCCAGGCACGUUUCGACACGGAUAGUCGGCGGUUAACUAUAACGCUACCAGUUGUUCAGAAUAACCCAGACAAGCAACGAAUAUUGCACGAUUCACUUUUCCAACUCAAUCGUGAAGACAGUGGCGUAGAAAGUGAUAUUCGCGAAGACGGUAACUUGAACUCGAAUGGCGAGUCCCCGGUGGAGGAGUUGAGCGGCUUGGUGGAGGAAAGCACAAACAUAUCGGGGAACAAUGUAAAUUCUCCAGCUCCGCAGUUUUCUGCUCCGGCAAUAGCACCAACAUUACCAUCGCCGGCAAACGCACCCAACCAUUUUCUUAAAAGCUCCAUUCAAUACCAUUUACCCGCCAAAUUCGAUUGUAAUGUAUUGGACAACGUUAUGAGCUUGGUUCUGCAUGUCCGCAAUGUACAACCGGAGUCAAUAGCAAUGCUCAAGGGCAGUAAGAGCAUCCACCUGCAAUUUAUCUCGAUUGGCAGCGGUUACUAUCCAGUCCAUUAUGCAUUCUACCUGCGUCUGCCAGAAGACAGUAAUGCAGAAAUUUCCUCAGCCGAUGCUGAAGCUUGGGAAAACAAUGUAGUGUUGAAUCUCAAUUUGGCCGCCUCUUGUGAGAAUAUACAAAACUAUUUGGUUGGUAUCGAAGCUAGUGACCUGAAAGAAUAUACCAUACAAGGGAAAUUCCAAUUGGGACACAAGUCUCGUCAAUCGCGUAAGAAAUCUCCACCCACACCUCCGAUUUCUCUCUCCUCCUCAUUGGAUAUUUCGGUGGAACGUUCGGAAUGCGAGCGUUCAGUAGAAAUUGAAAUAAAGCCUUCUAACGAAACUCAGUCCACCUGUACGGCCAACACCACCGAAGAUGAAGAUGUUCUGCUACAUGCAACUGGGACGGCACCGAAGAAAAUGAACAAAAAACAAAAGAAAAAAAAUAAGAAACGCCGUUCCCUUUCCGAAUCCGUUUGUGAUGAUAUCAAAGUAUAUCAGAAACAGCAGCAACAACAACAGCAAGAACAUCAGAAACAAUUUCUCAAAGAAGCUGCUAAAAUUUUGAAUAAUGAAUCCUCAAACUCGCCGGACGAUAAUUCAUCGCCAGAGCGCACCGAUAAAAUUAUGCCCUCAUCACAGACGCAGACGACAACAUCGCAGUCGAUGGCAGUACCAAAUACUGUACAACAACGAAAACAGCGUAGCUAUUCGGAGUGCCGUAGUGGUGAUAGCGUAGUGAGUAGUGGCGGGUCUACUUUACCACCCUCUUUCAAGGGCAUUUUGAAACGCUACAGCCGGUAUGAACCGCGGCCAUCGAUUUCUGACAGUUGUUCAUCGAUCGAUGAGUGUUCGUCGUUCUCUUGUUCGGUGGACGGUGGCGUGGGCAGCAGUUUGCGCUUCUCACAAUCGUUCAGCGACAUACCCGAAGAGAAUGUAUCCAAUGGGCUUUCGGAGAGCUGUAAAAAGACUGUUAGAUUUAACGAGGUCAUCAAGGAGCAAGUAUUUAGGCUGAAUUCCAGUAUUUUGGGGCAACGAAAGAAAAAUCAGAAGCGCCGUGAUCGCAAACAACGCGCAUUGCAACGUCGCCUCAGCGAAGGCGAUUCUGCUGACUAUGAAGACAACAGCAAGCCCAUCGGUUUGGAUCCUGAUGUUCAGUACUUCAAAUCGAAAUCCAGUGGCGAUGAUAAUACUGGCAACAGUACUUUUAAGCCGCCUUAUGCUGGUGGUAAACAUGCCGCCAAAUGCACUGCCAACAAACAACAACAUAACGCAAAGUAUGGCACCAAAUUGCCACGUGCGCGUCUGGAGUCGGAGGAAUCGUCGGAUGCAGAUGCACACAAGAACGCUAUGAUGUUUGAAAUGGACAUGUAGUCUAAGUUCCAGUAGUAAAGCUGCCUCAACAGAGUAGUAGUGUACAAAAGCAAUCAUUAAUCAGCAACAUAUUCAAGUACGCUAACAAAAAGCAACAAAAACCACCCACAUUUGUCAUCGCAUCGUCUUUCAUUGUAUCCAGUUAGUGGGCAGUGCCGGACCAAUGCAUGCAUAUACAUUUUUGAGAUUUAUUCAAUAAAUGCAUAUUAAUUUAAUUUUGCCUUACGUGUUAAAAAACAACCUUUUGUAAUUCUUAUGCUCAAAAUAUUUAAAUUGCUACAAAAUCUUAGAUAUUGAAACAUUUUAAAUCCGAAGUUACAUGCAUUCGAGUUUAUAUUCGUUUGCAAUUUUUUUUAGUUCAAAUUAUAAACAAGAACAAUUAUGCGCUUUGGCGAUGAAAAUUUUAAAAUUUCCUUAUGAAUUAUUGGAGUAUCUUUCGCGCACUUGCAUGGGUGUAAAAAUUAUUUAAUGUAAGAGAAAACAUUUGGAGUUGAUCUAUUUUAUUUAUUGCGAAACAUCAAAUUGUUAAUUAUACUACUAUUGGCAAAAUUGUAUUUUGUAGUUAAUUUGUAGGUUGUAGAAACAACAAAAAUCCUAUCAUUACAUGAAUAUAUACAAGUUGUAAAAUGUUUAAAUGCAUACAGCAAUGCAUUUUCUCAUGUGCUCCUAUGUGGAAUUGAUACAUUUUGAGCACUUAAAAUAUAUUAAAAAAAUGUUAACAAAAUAUUUUAAAAUUAUAAA